AUGUCAACCGGCUCCUCAACCGCAACCAUCGAGCUCCAGAAUGCUCCUGUGCACAAGCUCAAUGGCCCGUCUCCACUAGGCGAACAGCAGCCUUCGGACAAUGCAACAGGCCCUUCUUACCCAGGCAGGACGCUUGGUAAUGCAAGUCCCCGAGGAAGCAAAGACGAGCCUCGCGGUUCCCAGGAAAUUAUCUCCUCCCUGCCCGUCCCGACGACCGUAUCACACACCGUCGAGAGAUGGAACCAGUCGCGAGCGAACGUCUGCCGCGUCCUCGCCGCCUUCUGGUCGCUGCUCGUCAUGGGCAUGAACGACGCUGCCUACGGCGCCGUCAUUCCGUACCUCGGCACCUACUACGGGCUUGAGUACACCCUCGUCUCGCUCAUCUUCCUGUCGCCCUUUGUUGGGUACAGUGCUUCUGCCAUUCUCAACAACACCCUCCACCAAAAGUUUGGCCAGCGCGGCAUCGCCGCCCUCUGUGCCGGGUGCCACAUCGUCGCGUACGUCAUCGCUUCGCAGCACCCGCCGUACCCCGUCCUCGUCGUGGUCUACAUGCUGGCGGGUUUUGGCAACGGGCUGGGCGAUGCCGCCUGGAACGCGUGGAUCGGGGCUAUGGCUCAAGCAAAUGAGCUCCUGGGUGUGAUGCAUGGCUUCUACGGCGCCGGCGGCGUUUUCGCCCCGCUGAUCGCGACGUCCAUGAUCACCAAGGCAGGCCUGCAGUGGUACCACUUCUACUACGUUAUGAUCGGCGUCUCCACCAUUGAGCUGGUCACCGGGCUGGCGGCCUUCUGGAAGGCCACGGGCAAGGUGUUCCGCGACGCGCACCCAAAGACCACGGACAGCGCCGGCAACUCGAGCCUGCGCGAGGCGCUCUUCAGGAUGCCCGCCGCCCGCGUCACGUGGCUGUGCGCAGCCUUCUUGCUGUGCUACGUCGGCGUCGAGGUGGCUCUUGGUGGCUGGGUCGUCAAGUUCAUGAUUGAGGUUCGGAACGGCGGGGCUUUCGCGUCGGGCAUGACUGCCACCGGCUUCUGGCUUGGUAUCACGGCCGGACGGGUCGUCCUCGGCUUCAUCACGCCCAUGCUCGGUGAGAGAUUGGCUCUCAUGAUUUAUCUGCCGGCGGCCAUGGGCCUCGAGCUCCUCUUCUGGCUCGUCCCGCAGUUCAUCGUCUCUGCUGUUGCAGUGGCGCUGCAAGGGUUCUUCCUCGGCCCCCUGUUUCCGGCCGUGGUCGUCGCCGCCACCAAGUCACUGCCCAAGCACCUGCACAUCAGCGCGGUCGGCUUCGCUGCUGCUUUCGGCGGAGGGGGUGGGGCCGUCCUGCCUUUCGCUGUUGGUGCCAUCGCCCAGUCCAAGGGCGUCGGCGUGCUCCAACCUAUCAUCUUGGCAUUGCUGGGAGUCUUAGUGAUGCUCUGGCUGGCUCUGCCCAAUUUCAACAAGAAGAAGGAGUAG